UUGCCCUGUCUUCGUUAACAAGACAACCGAUCAACGCAGAGCCAUAGUUGGUCGACACAACCUCUGCUUUAAUUGUCUCGGCAAACACCAGGCUAACGCCUGCCCCUCAGUGAGAAGGUGCCAACGAUGUGGGAACAAGCAUCACACAUCUCUUCACCACUCCACUCCGACACCGGCAACUGAAGUUGCAUCUGCGGUCCACACCAAUCAUGGCAGGGCCAUUCAGUCAAGCGGCAUCUUCCUCGCCACCGCGAAGUUGGUGAUAGCAUCCGACAAUGGGGAACGAAUGCACGUACGAGCUUUGAUUGAUCAGGGAUCCGAAGCCUCCCUCAUCACUGAACGCAUUGUGCAACGGCUCAAACGCACUCGAGGAACCAGCUCCACGCACAUAAUCGGCAUCGGCGGCCAAGCCACGUCCCGGACGCGAGGUAUUACAUCGUUUAACGUUCAUUCACACUUCGACUGUUCCAAGCCAAUGCGGAUCCGGGCUCACAUCCUUCCAAAGCUGACGAACGCACUGCCUACGACAAGUCCAUCUACGACAACGCGGCCCCACCUUCAAGGACUUGAGCUAGCUGACCCUGAGUUCUCCAUCACCAGCCCCAUAGACCUGAUACUCGGCGCGGACAUCUACGGUCAAAUCAUCGAAGAAGGCGUUGUCAAGGACGGUCCUCAGUCGCCCACUUUCCAACCCGGCCGCCACGAUGAAGUACCUAACUCCUCAAACUCAAAACUUACCGAAGCCGAAGAGGAAUGUGAGAGCCAUUUCCGCACCACACACUCAAGGGACAAAGACGGCCGCUACAUAGUUCGGCUACCGUUCAAAUCACCUCCGAGUCAACUCGGCGACUCGAAACUCAAGGCCCUGCGGAUGCUGUACUGUCUGCAGAGGAAGUUUCGAUUGAACCCCGACUUCAAGCAGGCAUACACCAACUUUCUGGGGGAGUAUGAAAGCCUACAACACCUUGUUCCGGUCUCAUCAAGCCUUCCAGAGCCCGAUGUUGUCUACCACCUGCCGCACCACGGGGUCCUGAAGGAAAGCAGCAUAACCACGAAGCUCCGUGUCGUUUUCAACGCAAUGGCACCUCACCCAACGACCUUCUUCACUCCGGAGCGAAGCUCCAGACUGUUUGACGUGCUCCUCUUCUUCCGACUCCACCGCUACGUCUAUUCUGGGGACAUCGAGAAGUUUUAUCGCCAGAUAAAGGUCCACCCUGAGGAGUGGAAGUUUCAACUCAUUCUCUGGCUUGUCGGUAAUCAGCUAACCACCUUCGAACUGACCACGAACACCUAUGGAUUAGCUUGUGCCGCCUUCCUCGCUCUUCGCGCAUUUCAACAACUUUUGAUCGACGAUGACAACAAGUAUCCCCUCGCCCUUCCGGCGCUCACAUGGGGUCGCUACGUUGAUGACAUCGUCGGAGGAGCCGACACCGUCGAUGAAGCAAAGGCCCAGAUAGCGCAGAUCAUCGACCUCAGCAUGGCGGGCGGGUUCCCAAUCCAAAAGUGGAACAGCAACCACCCAGACGUACUCUCCGAUGUGCCUCCCGCAAAGCGACUUGAAGCGCUGUUCAAGCCGAUGCAUGAAAACUACACCGUCCACGCGCUUGGCCUGGCCUGGCAGCCAAGUGCUGACACCUUCUACUUCACCAUUGAUAUGGCC